CUGAUGACACCUCCCUUUACUCGUCCAAUUCCUAUAAUCACAAUUUGGGACGUCUUAGCCCUGCUUUGGACGUACUAUAUAAGUCGUCCUCCCAAGAAAAAGACGACGCUCCAAGACCAGAUUUCAUAUCUGGAAAAGAUGCAGGAACUAUUGGUGAAAAAAAUUAUGGAAAUGACAGAGAUGGAUCUUCUAUCUCGCCCAGCAACA